ACCAUCGCCAUUACCAACAUCCCCUACGUCUCGUCGCAAUGCCUCUGUCUUUCAUUACCAUCGCCACCUCUUGAAGCUCACCAUCAAUUCCUUGCAGUCCUUUCUCUCGCUCCCAUCAUCGCCUUUCCUCGUCUGCACUGCUUUCCUUUGCCGCGAUGGUUUUUCUUAAAAACUGUUGUCUAUGAGAGAAUGUUGUUAGUCUCGCGGCGAUGUGCGUGUAACUGGUCUCCUGGGCUGCUUUGAUUCACUGGUGGAUUUUUAGAAGUCUCGUGAUUUUGGGAGCAUUUCAAUCCUUGGCGGUGUUUACUGAGAUUCUCAAUUUAAUUUUGCAGUAUAAUUUACAAGAAUUACGUGUGUUGGAAGUUUGAGGAGGAGUUGGUAUUUAGUAAUUUUUUCGUUUGUGGGGGUUGGAGGAAAGUGGACGGAUAGUAGGAACGGAUUGGUCUGGUUUUCGCCUAGGGCUGCAGCUUUGGCGGUCGGAUUCUGUUGGAUAGAGGCACGGUUGUGAGAACAUGGGAGAUCAAGGGGAUAUGGCAAUUGUUGUGCCUGAAGCCGAUGUGAUUAUGACGGAAGCUGCUCCCGUGUUGGAGGCUCUGAAGGACGUGGUUGCUGAGCCGGAGGAGCUUAGCAAUGGCAAUGGUGUAUCUUCUUUCGAUGAUGAAGUGCAGCCAAUUGUUGACGACGAGCUAGCUCUCACUACCGAAGAGGAGCGUCUCUGGGGUUUGGUGAGGGACAAUGCAGCUGACUUUAAUGCAUGGACUGAGCUUAUCCAAGAAACAGAGAAGUCGGGAAGCAUCGUGAAAAUCGAAAAAGCUUAUGAUGUGUUUCUUGGAGAGUUUCCGCUAUGUUACGGUUACUGGAAGAAGUACGCUGAUCAUGAGACGAAGUUGGGAUCUCCUGAGAAAACUGUGGACGUCUAUGAACGUGCUGUGAAAUCUGUGACGUACUCUGUGGACAUCUGGAUGCAUUACUGCGCGUAUGCGAUGGAGAAGUUCGACUCCCCGGAGAAUACAAGAAGGAUAUUUGAGCGCGGAGUGUCGUUUGUGGGGACUGACUACCUUUCGCACCUCUUGUGGGAUAAAUACAUCGAAUUUGAAUAUUCUCAGCAGGAUUGGAGUCGAGUGGCCCGAAUCUACACUCGUAUCCUUCAGAUUCCUCUUCAGCAUCUUGACCGAUAUUACACCAGUUUCAAGCAAAUUGCACGUAGCCGACCUUUGGCGGAGCUGUUGACUACUGAGGAGAUUGCUGCUGCGGCUGCGGCUGCGGCUGAGCUUGAGGCAAAAGCCGCAGCUGAGGCUAAUGUACAGGUGAGAGAAGCAGCUCAGGCUGGUGAUGUGACUCCUCUUUCUGAUGGUGAUGGUGAUGCUUCUGCUGUAACGGAGGCGGUAAUCGAAGCAGUGACUGAAGCAGUAACUGAAGUAGUAACUGAAGUAGUAAAUGAAGCAAAAACUGAAGCUGCUGACGGGGCAGACAACCCCGAGAAAGAGGUGGAAUGCGGAGAUAGCAAGGCGCUAGAAGAGUACUUGGCAGUCAGGGAAAUUUUUUACAAGGCUGCGAAGGAGUGGGACUCAAAAAUUAGGGAUUUUGAGAUAGCUAUACGCAGACCUUAUUUUCACGUCAAACCAUUGGAUGAGGCGCAACUUGGGAACUGGCAUCGGUACCUAGACUUCGUUGAGAAGGAAGGGGGCUUCGAGAAGACUAAGAAGCUGUACGAACGGUGUCUAAUCGCAUGUGCUAACUAUCCCGAGUACUGGAUCCGCCUCGUCCAGCGCAUGGACACAGAAGGGCAACUUGAGUUAGCAUUGGAUGGUCUGCGGGGCGCCACAAGUAUUUUUGUGAAGCGACGCCCAGAGAUUCAUCUUUUCGCAGCAAGGUUCAAAGAGCAGCAUGGUGACGUGGAAGGCGCUCGGGUUGCUUUCGAAACAUUGAGAAAUGAGUUGGUUCCAGGGCUCCUAGAAGUCUAUGUGAAACAAGCCAACUUUGAGCAUCGUCAGGGAAAUGCAGAAGCUGCUUGUGCUGUCUUGGAUGCGGCUCUUCAAUCUGAGAAACUGAAGGAGGAGUCCCGAGCUCUAACAGUAUUGUACAUUCAGUAUGCUCGUUUUCUUGAUCAGGUGUUGAGGAGUGAGGAUAAAGCACGGGAAUUAUUCACAACAGCUUUGGACCAUCUGCCAACCUCAAAAGCUUUAUGGGAGGCAGCUAUAUAUUUUGAGGUGUCGCAUACAACCGGAGAAGAGCAAGUGUAUCGUGUGGAUGCUUUAGUAGAACGAGCCUCUGCUCCUCUCAGGCCUGAUGGUUCUCCUGGUUUGCUUCUUGUUGAUCGGGAAGAAAUUUCAAAUGUUUAUCUCGAGUAUGUUGACCUUUUCGGAGAUUUUGACGCAAUCAAGAAAGCUGAAGCCCGGCAUAGGCAGUUGUUCCCCUCGCGGAAGAGUCUGCUAGACUCUAAGAAGAGGACAUCCGCGGAACUGGCUGGUCCUCAAGCUAAAAUCCUCAAACCGUAUGUGGUUGCUGCAGUUACACCGUCUCCAGUUGCUGCGCCUGUGGUUAUCAACGGCCAGGCAUGGACUACCACUUCGUUUACUCCUCAAACUGCCUAUUCUCAACCUCAAUCUCAAGCAUGGCAGCAACCAGCUCCACAGUUGCAGACACAGCAAUGGAACCACGGGUAUGCCUCCUAUGGAGCUUACGCUACGUAUGCUCAACCACAACCGCAACCUUCUGUGCAACAGCAGUCCGUGUACACCACCUAUGCUCAAGCAUACCAACCUCAGGAGGUUAUUCAAACCUAUGCACAAGUCCAGCCAGCAUCCAGUUAUGUUCAACCUUCACCAACAGCUCAGGUCCAGCCAUCUGGCACCACAGUCUACUACGGGAGCUAUUGCUGAUGCUCUGAAUAGUGACGUUAGGAUGGAUUAGUGACACAAACGGAGACUGUACAUGUGUGAAUGCUAAACUUGCAUACUUUUGAAUGUCAUACCUCAAAAUGCAGCUACACAACACUUUCUUCCCGACUAGCUCCGUGAAGUGGCUGUCAGAAGACAAUCUGUUGUCCAUUAAAUAUCAAUAUCUUAUAACAUGGUAUUAUCUUGUCAUAAUAUCUUGUUCUCAAGCGAUA